AUGAAUCUAGAAUUGCUUGAAUCGUUCGGCCAAAACUACCCGGAAGAGUUCGAUGGUUCAUUGGAUUGUAUUUCGCUGGCGGUAACGUGCGCUUUUAACAAGUAUGGCACCUUGCUAGCUGUUGGUUGUAACGAUGGACGCGUGGUGAUAUGGGACUUUCUAACGCGCGGCAUCGCAAAGAUCAUCUCCGCUCAUGUGCAUCCGGUGUGCAGUUUGUGUUGGUCGCGCAAUGGCCACAAGCUACUGUCCGCAUCGACCGACAACAACGUUUGCAUCUGGGACGUGCUAAGCGGAGACUGCGAGCAGAAGUACCGAUUUCCAUCGCCGAUUCUGAAGGUUCAGUUCCAUCCACGGAACGAUAACAAAUUCUUGGUCUGUCCGAUGCGCUACGCUGCGAUUUUGGUGGAUAUCGGUGGUAAGCAUGAGUGUUUACCGUUGGAUAAUGAUGGUGAUUUGAACAUUGUUGCUGCAUUUGAUCGGCGUGGAGAACACAUAUACACAGGCAAUGCGAAAGGAAAAAUUCUGGUUCUGAAUGCCAACACGCUUGAAAUUGUCGCCAGUUUUAAGAUCGUCUUGGGUAGCUCCAGUGUGACGGCCGUCAAGAGCAUCGAAUUUGCCCGAAGAGGAGAAGCAUUUUUGGUGAACACUUCCGAUCGUGUCAUUCGCGUGUAUGAUUCCAAGGAGGUGGUUACGUGCGGGAAGGACGGCGAACCGGAACCGAUACAGAAGCUACAGGAUUUGGUGAACAAGACAACGUGGAAAAAGUGUUGCUUUUCGGGUGAUGGGGAAUACAUUUGUGCCGGUAGCGCUCGUCAGCACGCCCUCUACGUGUGGGAGAAAUCGAUCGGAAAUCUGGUAAAAAUCCUGCACGGUACCAAAGGUGAACUACUGCUUGACGUUGUUUGGCAUCCAGUACGGCCGAUAAUUGCCAGCAUCAGCUCCGGACUGGUGUCUAUUUGGGCCCAGAACCAGGUAGAAAAUUGGUCCGCUUUUGCACCCGACUUUAAGGAGCUGGACGAAAACGUUGAGUACGAGGAGCGUGAAUCCGAGUUUGACAUUACGGACGAGGACAAGUCGGUCGAUCUGGCGGCCGAAUCGAAACAAGACGAAGAGGUUGAGGUGGACGUUGUUUCCGCAGAACCGAUUGCUGCGUUCUGCAGCUCCGACGAGGAGUAUGAGGAUGAACACGCGCUCCAGUUUCUACCGAUGGCGCCGGAAGUGGAAGAUCCGGAGGAUGGUUGGGGUUCGCAGGAUAACGAUACGCUUGGUGGUGGUGGCGGUGCAUUCGGGGCUUCUGUGGGAGGGCUCGGUGGGGGACCGGAUUCAAUGAAGGAAAACGAACCGUCGAUGAAAAAGCGCAAAACGAGCCAGUACGAGAUAAAUCUUGAUAAUGCACCGAUCGACGAUGUACAUCCAUUGUUGCAGAACAAAACGAACAAAGACAAACAGUCGACCACGAGCAAAAAAGCAGCCGGACGCCCCCGGAAAUGA